AGGUAAUUAUCCCUCUUGUGUUCGUCAAAAUGACGCUGGCGUGUGCGGUGCGUUCAGAUUCCUCGUCAUCGGCGUCAAAUCCGUUCCUGCCGGAACUGAGUUCCAAAAUUUCGGACUACGUGAUGCAGAACCCAAUCAGUCCGUGUUUCAACAGCCGUGGCGUCGUUUCGCACGUCUUGAUAGAUGACAGAGAUUUUGCUGUCAGGCGUUAUGGGCUUGACGGCAUGUCUUCUGUCGAGUUUCGCAGAAUCCGGGAGGAAGUUCGGAGAGUGAAAGGAGAGCUUCGACAUCCAAACAUUCUUCCGUAUUUGCAUGUAUUCGCCGUGAACGAUUAUAACGGCGAGAAGGGGUUCUUGGAUCCGGGGCCGCAGAUUUGGAUAGUGACACCCAUGUGUGACCAGGGUUCAGCCCUGGACCUGCUCUCUUUUUAUCCCGAAGGGUUGCCGGAAAAAGCCAUCUCGUACAUCGGCCAGAACGUGCUUCGAGCAUUGGCCUAUAUCCACGAGAAGGGAUACGUUCAUCGUGCUGAGGAAGUUCGGAGAGUGAAAGGAGAGCUUCGACAUCCAAACAUUCUUCCGUAUUUGCAUGUAUUCGCCGUGAACGAUUAUAACGGCGAGAAGGGGUUCUUGGAUCCGGGGCCGCAGAUUUGGAUAGUGACACCCAUGUGUGACCAGGGUUCAGCCCUGGACCUGCUCUCUUUUUAUCCCGAAGGGUUGCCGGAAAAAGCCAUCUCGUACAUCGGCCAGAACGUGCUUCGAGCAUUGGCCUAUAUCCACGAGAAGGGAUACGUUCAUCGUGCUGUGAAAGCGAGUCAUGUGCUAUUGUGUUCCGACGGGCGUGUUUUAUUGACGGGGUUAAGGUGUUGCGUCAGUUACAAGGAUCCCAGGUUAGGCGAAUACGGAGAAUUCGCUCGGUCAGUGAGUCAAGAUCCAGAGUUCAGUGGAUUUUGCAUCGAUACGGGAUCAACGAAAAUUUGGCGAUCUGCUGGUUUGGUUCAUCAUUAUCCAUGCGACGAUGCCACCUCACUGCUUCCUUGGAUGGCUCCUGAAAUCCUCGAACAAAGCAUGGAAGGAUACGGGACAAGUAGCGAUAUUUACAGUUUUGGUAUUCUGUGCUGUGAAUUGGGGAAUGGAGAAGCCCCUUAUGUUGGUCUGGGAUUAACCAUGUUAUUGUUGGAGAAACUGCGGGGUUCCCCUCCGUAUUUGCUGGAUGCUUCCACGUUCGCUCCUGGCAAUCAAGCCGGAAACAAGGACUCGGGUGUUGGGGACAGUGUGGCUUGUUCGGAAACUGCAGGAGCAAGCUCCAAUAUGGUGUCUGUGCUUGCGCAAGAGGCCGUAUAUCGACAGCGUGGACUGUCUGCUUCGUUCCACGACGUCACAGAUCGGUGCUUGUUCAGAAACCCUGGGGACAGACCGACGGCUGUCGAGUUGCUCGACAAUUACCCGUUUUUACAUCCCGGGUUUCUUUCGAGUUCCCAGCGUGCUGGCUCGUCUACUUCCCUGCUCAACAAGUGUCGUGCCGUGUCGUCAGUAUCGGUUUCGUCCCGUGUUGACGUCAAGUUUGGAAUGCCGGAGGAUUUGGUGAAGGUGUUCAAGUCUGCCGCCGGUUUGUCUGAGCGUGUCCGGCGACGGAAUCAUUCGGGUGCCAGUAAGGAUCAGGAACCAACGAUGUCAGUGAAAUUAACCGCCGGAAAUGUGCCUGGAAGUGAGGAUUUCACGUGGGACUUCUCGUGA